ACACACAGUAAGCGCAGUCGAACUAUUCGAUGGCGUCUUGGUUGGUUACCCGAAGGAAUACCUAAAGCCUACCCAUAUCAUCCUUAUGUACUCUUUAGUCGGCCACACGCCACUGAAUGCUUGCACAUGCACACUCGUUUAUUCUGGCCACGAUCAAUUGCAGAUCCCCUUUUCCUUUCUUUUAA